GAGCGGGGCUACGCGAAGAGGCCUGGCCAGGCCCGGCUCGGGUUGGAGGUGCCGGCUGGAGUUUGUAGUUGAGGAGGUUAGGCCGCCGCCACUGGCCCCGGAAAAAAUGGUUCUGGGUGGUUGCCCAGUGAGUUACUUACUUCUGUGUGGCCAAGCGGCUCUGCUGCUGGGAAAUCUACUUCUGCUGCAUUGUGUCUCUCGGAGCCACUCGUACAACGCUACCGCGGUGCCCGAGCUUACAUCCGCUGACGCCGCCCACCCGGAGGUCUCCGCCGGCGCUCCGAGCUGGGAAUAUGGCGACCCCAACUCACCAGUCAUCCUUUGCUCCUACCUACCUGAUGAAUUCAUAGAAUGUGAAGACCCAGUGGAUCAUGUUGGAAAUGCAACCGCAUCCCAGGAACUUGGUUAUGGUUGUCUCAAGUUUGGUGGUCAGGCCUACAGUGAUGUGGAACACACAUCAGUCCAGUGCCGGGCCCUAGAUGGAAUUGAGUGUGCCAGUCCUAGGACCUUCCUACGAGAGAAUAAACCUUGUGUAAAGUAUACCGGCCACUACUUCAUAACCACUUUACUUUACUCUUUCUUCCUGGGAUGUUUUGGAGUAGAUCGUUUCUGUCUGGGACACACUGGCACAGCAGUAGGGAAGCUGUUGACACUUGGAGGACUUGGGAUUUGGUGGUUUGUUGACCUUAUAUUACUUAUUACUGGAGGGCUGAUGCCAAGUGAUGGCAGCAAUUGGUGCACUGUUUACUAAAAAUGGCUACUGUUAUGGCCCAGAGAGGCGAGUCUUCUGAAUUCAUCUCUACAGGCUCAAAACUCUUCCUUGAUAUCAGACCUGACUAUUACUUACCCUCUUUGGAGGGGAAAAAGUGGAUUUGAUUACAAAGCUUUCUUUGGACGAUGGAUUUUCAACUCAGAUUUUACCUUGCAGCCUAGAAAUGACAAGCAAACAGUGUUUUGUGAACCAAGUUUGUAUCUUUCUUCAUGGAUAAAAUAUAAAGGCUAGUGACUAACUUCUAAGCUAGUGGAAGGGUUUCCAUGCUCUUUAUUUCUGUACAUGGCUAUAUCUUCAGUUCUCUGGAGCAAGUGGACCCAAAAGAAUGAGCAAAUAGUAUUUUUGCCUUUUAACUUCCGUGACCCUGAGUCUUCAUGCAGAGGCUAUCUGAAGCUGAACCAAGGAAAAUCUUCAGAAGCAGAAAUGGCCACGGAUUUUACUGUACGCUGAAAUUCCAACUUUCUGAACUGAAAUUGAAGAAUAAAUUUUGCCAAUCUGGAAUGCUGUUUGGGUAUUCUCAGUAGGUAAGAGUGAAAAUCAAAGUUAAAUUUGUUUUGCUAAAAGCUAGGCGGUUGAAGUGAAAUACCCUCUUAAUAAACCCUAUUGUUAUACCAUUAUUACACUUAAGAGGCAAUUUAUACAGGAAAUAAUUUUUUUCAUUUCCAUUUAUGGUUUGAAAGCCAACAGUAUCAUACCUGUCUGAGUUAGGCUAUCCUCUUGGCAAAAUUUUCCUGUCUAAAAAGUAUUACUUACCAGUUUAGAGAGCCCAUAUUGUUGGCUGGUAAAAAAAAAAAAAACAUUUCAUCUAAGUGACUAUAAAACUAUUCUUCACAAUUAAGUAAGAUGUGAGGAGCC